AAAAUAAAAAAAGGAUUGACUGCACCGUCUUCAGUAAGUGACGGCGCGAGAGGCAGCAGAGAGUGAGAGAGAGAAAGACGCGAGUUUUGGCCGCUGAAGCUCAAUCAUGUCGAACAUGGACUACGGUUUGGUGACAGCCGUCUUCUGCUUGUGUUUGGGCUCGUGCAAUGCUCUGGCGGUGCAUGUAAUAGCGCAACCACAAGCGAGUGUCCACAUGGAAGGCGAGACGGUCUGGAUUGUUUGUUCAGUGAAACCAAGCACGCCAGUAACGCCAGACCUUCGUGCUCCGAGCGACAGAAAUCAUCCAGACCUUAGCCGGGCGGUGAAUUACUCUACCGCGCCAUCUCACAAGGCUCAAAGCCAGUCGAAGCCGAGCAGCAAAACUAAGAACGAGACCCCACCCAAUGUCCAAGCGAAAGGCAUCGACGGCACUGCAAAUCCCACUCCGGUUGAAAGUCGAAGGCCGCCACCUUCUGAACAAAGAGACUUGGAGAUUUUGAUCGGCGAGUCUCCACCAACGGGACUCCAAGGAGAUGCCGCAAAAAGCCUCGCAAGAGCAUCGCAGCUUAAACCAAUGCUUGGCAGAGCCAGGACAAGGCGAGCUAAGACACCGAACGCUAAGAUACCUCGGUUGAUCUCUAAAACUCUCGACAAUUCGACGGAGGAUGACCAGAAUUUGGAUAAAACCAAACUCGCGGAACACGGCAAGGAACGCAAACAAGGGAAGCCCGCGAACAAAGCUGUGGACGUUUCAAACGCAACGCUGCUGCAUUCUGCUUCACGCACUACUUCGGUGGUUGGGGUUCGCAAGAAGAUGCCGGAAAAUCGGACCAAGUCACUUACACUGACUUACAGAUCAAAGCAAUCGAACCAGACAUCCAGCCAGGCUGCUAAGAAGGUUGAACAAGGGGCAAGACCAGGAUCACCUAAACUGCCCGCGAAGAACCCCAGAUUGACGAAGUUUGAAAAAACACCAAGACUGAGCCAACCAAAGCAAACUGCUCUGAUUGCAAAUCAACAUCACAAUCAAACAAAGCCAAACAGUGAAAAACCAAAACACAAGGGGCCAGUUAAAACAGCAGAGCAUAGCUCGGAGACACAAACCCAGCGAAUCGGCCAACAUCAAACAAACGAAAAGGCUUCCCUGCCCUCUAAGUCAACACAAUCUCCAGCUGUGAAGGUCCAAAACCGGAACACAACAUCGCAGCAUGACCCAGACCAACAAGCGGCAUCGUCUCGUCUUACCAAAGACCACACUAAACCAGUGAGAAGAAUAUCAAGCGCUGAAAAGUCCACAGAAAGCGUUGCCACUGACACAAUUCACCAGAACAAUUCGAGGUUAGGCACGAAUCUUGGCCUCUCUCGAGCAACGCAGAAAGGAACGAGGACAAAUAAGCCACAAGAACGUGGAAACAAACCGGGUCGUAAAAUCACUGCUCAAGCUCAUGCCACCUUGAAAACACCUUUACAAAAUCCACCGCUGGAGGUCACCUUGGGCGAAACGGAUGUCAAAGACGAAACGGAAAAUGAGCCAACUAAAAAAAUGCACGUCCUUACUGGAACCAGUGACAACAUUUUGGAGCCGGUGCAGCCUACUCAGGUGAGCUCACGCCAGAGAACGACGAUUGGAAAUGUCUUGACGAUGGUUAAAGCAGCCGAUUCAAAUCUGGGGCGAUUAAAUCGCACAGACAACACAAAUAAGACUGGACAAUUAAAACCAAAACCUCCUGCACAUGCACAUCCAGACAAGAAGCAGCCCACGCGACAAGUCCCUGAGAGAAAAGGCUCCGACCACAAGAAACCACUCAUUAAAACUCCAGGCCAUUUAACACCCCAAAAAACAACUGAAACCCAUAAUAAACUCAUGGUCGUUCCCACUCAACCCACCUUUAGAACAACAACAACAACAACAACAAAAACCAAACCACCACCACCACCGCCAGAACACGCACGCCCAACUCGUGGAAUCUCAACAAGGCUUGAAGUAUCCAAGCAAGUGAACUCAGCCACAGCUCGGCCCGUCGAUCACUCCCAUGAGCUGGUCGUACAGUGGCUGCUGGCAGGCGUCGAUGGGUCAGAGGUGGAGAUUGCACGUCGAGACCGGCGAGGAAAACUCAAAGUCGCCGAGGAGUUUCGAGAGAGGCAGAGAACUGGUGGCCUGGACUUGAGUUGGGACCCAUCGCUCCUCGCGUUGUCGCUGAGCCUCUCCCCGGCAGUGCGAGCUGACGUGGGGACAUAUCGAUGCGUGGUCACGAGCGGCUGGGAAGACGAGGUUCUCAAUGCCUCGGCAGAGGUGAAACUCAGAGUCCUGAGACCAGACUCCAACAUCUAUCCUCACCCGGAGACUCCGUCAACCAAAGGACCCAACUCCAUUGAGGAAAUGGUCUUCAAUGAAGGGGUGCCAAUGUCUAUCUCGCAAGAGCUCUAUAUUCUGACGGUGGCAGUCAGCUGUCUGGGACUCAUUAGCCUUCUGCUCUUUCUGUCCAUCAUCCUGCACCGACACAGGACCAGGAAGCACCGCUCCACGUCUGCAGCUGUCUCCAAAAUUGCUAUUUCAUCCAGAAGCUUUCAAGACUGCAAAUGCAGUCUUGACAGGAGCCACUCAAAAGUGAACGGCUGCACAGCGAGUGACCAUCAAGCCUGCACAAACAGUGCCAAGGUUAUCAAAACCCUGCAAGACAAAUUUGCAGAAAACAGAGCGUCAGUGGCCAGAAGCAGUGUGUGUACACUGCCGGAACCCUCCACCUCCCACUCUGCCGACUUGCCUCCAGAGCCACGGCUCAUAUCGGCGGAGGAACUGGUGCCGUGCGAUGUGACAUAUGCAGCCUUGGACCUGACCAGACCAGUGGCCACGAAGCCCCAGCCAUUACCGCGCACCAUCUACGCACAGAUCAGCUUCUCCCAGACCAAGAACGGCUGAUGCUCAAGUCUGGCACCAGCACCACCCGCUGAUGUUCUAGGCAGUAUUUUUGGUCUGAAGACCCGAGCCUAUUCUUAUCAUAGACCAGGGGUCAGCAAAGAAAUUAACAAGAUACAUUAUUUCAAAUUCAGUAAAACAAACCUCAAUGUUUCAAGAGCCACAAUGCAUGUGGUGAAUGAGACAGUGGCCCUUAAUAAUGUCACGAAUCAGUCCUUGAAGAGCUGCAUGCGGCUCCGGAGCUAUAGGUUGCCGGACCCAUCAAAUACCAAUGCAUACACCACUUCAAGCCCUCUCCAUUGGGGCCCAGAUACGCUCUGUAAUCCAUUGACAGAACAGCCCAUGUUUGUAGUAAUGUAUUCUAGACCAAGCUCCAAAUAAAAGCCGGUGCACAGAAUAAACGUUUCAGGACAGAAGUGCUCUUCUCUGCACCCACUGGACCAGUUGAAAGCAAAUUUUUUUUAAACAAAAAUCAAUGGUUUCUCUGAAGGAGACCCUAGAAUAAUAGCAGCAGGCCCGUCUUAACGAGUCCGCUGUUGUUUAAGGGUAUUCAGUAAGAUCAAUGCAAGUGGCCACUGACGCACUUGACCGAGCAGGCCCCAAACUGGGUGACAAAAGAAUACAGACUGCCCGAGUGGCUCUUGUAUUGAUUCCUUAUUUAAACAAUUCUUCAAUAAAAAAAUAUAACCUUAAAAUGGCUCAUUCGGAGCUGUUGCUUAAAUCCAGCAGUAUUUUAAAUGGUACCGUAACUUGCAAAAUUGUAAAGUAUUUGCCUGUUUUUAUGGUUAUUUUUACUUGUGUACAUACUGUAUUGAUAUUUCAGCAUAAACUUUAAAGAAAAAUAGAGACCAGGUCUGGGCCAAAUCCAAGACCAGUUCCAAACUUUGUGUACAUUAUAGAUAAUCCCAGGAAGCGGUCAUCACAUUUUACCUUUAACGCCAUGUCACUUGUACUCCAUUAAAUACAGGAACGAAACACUUAGUGUAGCUUUACAAUGAGCUCAAACGUUACACAGUAAACUAGUAGUUUGAGUGACACAAUUAAGACUUGAGGCCAUUGCCCGUGCAUGAAAAUUUCAGCCCAAAUUAUUGUCCAAAAGUAUUAAUACAUUUUCAUUGGCUUGGGAAUUUCAUUAAAGUACAAUAAAAGCAAAAAGACAAGCUUUGAGAGGCCCAUGUUAACAUAGUCCAUUCCAAUAUUAACCACAUAAUCCACAUUUUAUAACUGUAGCACAUGUCAAAAACGUGUUCAAGAUGUAUCCACAAAUGAUGUACGUAUGCUUAUGUGUUAAAAUGGCUGUGAAAAUAAAAUGUUGCA